CCUAAACGCGUCUUUUGGUGAGAACGAGAUGUACUGGAUGUAUUUUCUCCGGAGAUUGUAGAGUAAAGGGAAGCGCGGCUCGCUGGAGAAGCCAUGUGGAGAGCGGCCACGUCCCUCGGUGGGAGCAGCGGAGGCAAAAAGCCACACUAAUAGUACAUCAUUAUUUGCCCUUUCUUUGAAAAAAAAAAAAAAAAAAAGAUCCGUCAAUGAGGAAACAAAGAGAGGAGAGAUGGUAGAGAAUGGCCACACCUGACCUUCUUGACCCGAAGUCUGCCGCCCAUAACUGCAAGCCUCGCCUGUCCUUCUCGAUCCAACCGAUAGUGCUGAACACCCCAGAGGACGAGUGCGAAACCCGAACUACUGUCAUGAGGUGGAAAACGGUGUCAGCCAUCUUCUUCUUGGUGGUGCUUUACCUCAUUAUUGGAGCAACGGUGUUCAGAGCCCUGGAGCAGCCUCACGAGAGCUCCCAGAAGCUGGCCAUUCUUGCAGAAAAACUUGACUUCCUGGCCAUGCACGCAUGCGUAAACUCCACCGAGCUGGAGGAUUUAGUCAAGCAAGUGGUUUCAGCAGUCCGGGCAGGUGUGAACCCCUCAGGAAAUGCCUUUAAUCAGACGAGCCUCUGGGACAUCAGUUCUUCCUUUUUCUUUGCUGGGACUGUCAUCACCACUAUCGGAUUUGGAAACAUCUCUCCUCACACAGAAGGUGGGCGGAUCUUCUGUAUUAUUUACGCUCUGCUUGGGAUUCCCCUAUUUGGAUUCUUAUUGGCUGGUGUCGGGGACCAGUUGGGGACCAUUUUUGGGAAGGGCAUCGCCAAAGUAGAGAAGAUGAUUGUGAAGUGGAAAGUCAGCCAGACGAAGAUCCGCGUUAUCUCCACUCUGAUCUUCAUCCUGUUCGGGUGCCUCAUCUUCGUGGCUCUGCCAGUUGUCAUCUUCAAGCACAUUGAGGGCUGGAGCACACUGGAGUCCAUCUAUUUUGUUGUCAUCACCCUCACCACCAUCGGCUUUGGAGACUUUGUCGCUGGAGAAAAAGACAUAUCUUGUCAUGAGGAAUCUUCAGGUGGGUCAGAUAAUCCAGAGUUUCUGAACUACUACAAGCCUGUGGUGUGGUUCUGGAUCCUGGUGGGCCUGGCGUACUUUGCUGCUGUGCUCAGUAUGAUCGGAGAUUGGUUCCGGGUCAUAUCCAAGAAAACUAAAGAGGAGGUUGGGGAGUUUCGGGCUCAUGCAGCCGAGUGGACAGCAAACGUUUCGGCAGAGUUUAAAGAGACCCGGAGACGACUCAGCGUCGACAUCUACGACAAGUUCCAACGUGCUGCCUCCAUCAAGCGCAAACUGUCCUCCGAGCUAGGUAUCAACCAGGAGAUGACCCCUGGCAAGAGGUCGUUGUCUACCACCCUGUGUGAGGACAGGGAGGCCUACCCCAACUUGACUCUCUCCCUCGGUCCCGUCACGGGGUCCCUGGCCAGGAAUGGUAGCCUCUACCUUAACGGCCUCAGCCCGGACUACGCUGACAGGCGGGAGAUGGCCAUCAUCGAAAGUUUCAAUUAAGGAGCGGCGUGAAUAUAAGAUUCAGGGACAGCGGACAGGAGUUACAAACACAAUCUUGUGCUUAUUGGAUGAGCAUCUGUGAUACGGUACCAGUGCACAUUCAUUGAUUGGUUCAUGCUCCAGUCACUGGUUGAAAACCUUGAAAGUGACUUCAACACAGAUUAAUCGUCCGGCUGCGCACUCUUAUGUGCGUGUUUGAAAAUGAACCUAAACCUCAUGAUGUGCCAGCUCACAGGAUCCAUUGUUUCAAAGCAGGAUGCCGACUUGCUUUCAUUGUGUCUGUGCCAACAUGAUCGACAGCUGUGCUAGCUAUGAGCCAAAUUAGAAGCGAGCUCCGAACUGGAACUAAUGAUUGUAUCAGCGGCUUGAGUUCACAAACUUAUCUCACGAGCAGAAAAGGAAAUGAAAGCCCAUAUUGAGGUAGCAACAUACUGGACAUCUUUUUCUCAUAUACCCAGAAACGGGCCUGUGAAAACACAGAAAUAAAUACAUCCAUCAAACUUAGAAAGCAAUAGAUGUAUCUGUGCUCGUCUCUUGUUAAAUGUCCUGAGGCCCUGAAAUCUGCAUCAGAUAAAGAGGAUCCUCACUGCUAAAAACACUCCAUCAUUAACAAUGAACUAUGUUCUUCACCAGGCAGCAGUCCUGUGCUAACACUAAGGAAUCUGGCUUUUUCUUUUCAGUUUACACUUCUUCCAGUAUGACUUUCUAUGCCUUGCAUCCAGUCAGUCUGUCCUCGCUUAAGAGACGAAUGUUGACAUUUUUGUCCCUCCAUUAUUGACAUUCAGCUUCUCACCCUAAAGAAUAAUCCACUUGUGCCUUGAGAAAAGCUGAACAUGUGAAGAUGAUGCAUGAAGGACUGAGCUACACUGGUUUGUCCACUCAUACUUCUUAUAUAUGAGCACAGCAGUGAAAACAUAGAUUCAGGCGGCUUUUUUGAAUAAAAAGAAACAACAUUUUCAUUUGGGAAUUUAAAGUAUGCAUGGCUACGGAGUAAAGGAACUGUUUCUUAACAACUGGGAAUGCCAUUAGCCAUUUCACAGCAGCAUGUGUAAAAGGAGUUACAUUAACCACACAGUGCCAGGCUCACUGAUCAGAACACAUCUCCCUUAUACCAAAGUAAUGAUCCUUUUUCUCUGAAAGAGAAUCAGAGAUGCUGUGUUGAUCGGUAGUGCUUUCAGUUAUUUUUUGAAAUUGAAUACACCGUUAUGUUUUUUUUUCAUGAAACUGAUACAGAGAGCUUGGUGUGCCAUCACCGUCUGUUUUUCCCCCAGUAAGAAAUAAAUCCUAGCAUGCAUGUAAUUGUUGCAAUGAAAUAUUUGACUGCUUUUCAUGUUGCUGCUUUUAUCGCGCUCUUCACAUAUUUCUUAUGUCUUGCCAAAACUGAAUGUACAUCAUCAGUGAGCUGUUUGCUGUAUCACCAUGGUGACUAAAUAUCCAGGCUUUAGGUCUAUGAGUUGCAUCACAUAUAAUUAGAAGCAUUGAUUUAAAUAAACGCCUCUCUGCGGCUGAUUUGAAUUUGAGCUAAUAUAAAUGACUUUUGGUUUCCCAACACACCACUGUUCGUAUUCCCAAAGCUUAUUUAAAUAUUGAAAAUUAAUUAGAAUGAAUAAAACACAUUUAAAUUUACAACGUAAUUCAAGGUGAAGUUGUUGGAACUCAUCUUAUUUAGAUAUUUAAAACUGAAAAUCAGUUUAAUAUUUUAUACAGGCUUUUUUUUUCAAUUACGAUGGGAAUUAACUGCUUUUGAUUACAUUAAGGAAGGACAUUUAAGGCUCUGGUGUCUCAAAGUUGAAGGGUUUGAAUUCUGUUUGGGUCUUAUGGUGUUUUUAAGUAGUUUUUUAAUCCAGUAUGAUAUGCUGUCAUAUUCUCAAUAUAUUUGCUUAUGCUGUAUACAUUUUGUAGCAUCACAGUAAACAGGAUAUAAACUAUAAGACAGUAUGCUGUUUGUGUCAAACUAAGCCUAUACCAAAUGUCUAUAAUGUAUGGGUUAUCAGGUGAAAAAGAGAGUAUGUUUUACGUAAAAGGUGUGGCAGGAGGACCAGUUGCACCAGCUCUUCAAAAGUUACAUGGAGAUUCAUUUUUACUACAUAUUUAUACCUACAUGUAAAUACAACAGUGAAGUGGACCAAAUUUAUAUCAGCUUGCUAAUAUAUUACACAUUUAAAGUGAAGUCUAACAUUGGUUAAGUCAUAUGGUCAAAUCUAUCUGUCUCUUGAUGCCGACUGAAAAUGUUUCAGCUGCGAUCUACAAAAAAUACAAAACAAAAUGCACGUGUGCCAUCGCAGAUCAAAUAGUCAAACGACGCUAGUUAAGUUCGCCAACUAUGAUAUGUUCCUUCCCUUUCUUAUCUGCAUAAACAUACGGAAACACAUUUCCCCAUGUAAUUAAAACACAGUAAUUACAUUGGUGAAGUUCCCUUUGUUUCCCUACAAAGCAGUUUACACAAUUAAUAUUCUUUACUCGCUAAAUUCAUAAAGAUUUAAUAGUCGAUCAGUUUACUAAAAAAUCAGGAAGAACGUAGCAAUGGAUUUAAGAAUGGCUGGUGCAACUCAGUCAGGGACAGUAUUAGUAGGUCACAAGUUUGCUCUCUUUCUCAGUUACAAAUGUCCUGGUUUUCUUGAAAAGGUUGUCCUAAGGGUGAGUACUGGCUGCAGGGUCAUCAGCUGUCAUGUGUAAUCAAGUCAAAGAGGGUUCACAAAGAGAUUUUGAACAGAAUAAGGAAGAGAGACUCUUUCAAACAUGGUUGGCUUUCUAAAAAUACCAUUAUGUUAUCUCCUUGUGUUUCUCAGAAGCAAAUCAAUAGCAUCAAAACACACACUGUAUGUCACAUUGGGUUGCAACAGGCUACUAGUACAUUAUGCCUGGGGGAAAGCACUCCCAGCCUUAGUGCAGCUUCAAAGCAUAGCGCUCAGAAGUCGCCCCAUUGCUUUCUCUCAGCCAGCCAUGUGAUUGACAGUAACUAAAAGGCGAGUUGUCAGUGCUGUAGAAAGUCAAGAACUGCUGUCGAUGGAGCGUUAUUUAAUAUGUCAGGCCAUUGUAGGCCAUAUGUAAGGAUACCCAUGCAUGAUAGGGUUUAUAGUAGAGUGUGUGUGCAAAAAUGAAUGUGUGAAUGCGCAAGCCCAGGGGUUUAUCAAAACUCAUUCAAUUUCCCACAAUAUUUUCACCGGCAUCAUCUCCUUCUCCCAGGGUGACAGUUUUUAAUUAACUCUGUGGCUGCAUCAACAUCCCAGUUCAAGCAUGCUGAAUGUACCUAUCCAUUGAUGACGGCACAAAUGAGCUUUAUUAUUAAUGUAAACACACUCAUGAUUUAACGCUGUGAUUUAUGCUUUUAAAGCCACUGCCCUCAUUUUAAUAAAAAAAACAGGAGGCCAUAAAAAUCAUAAUAACAGUGUUAUCCUGUUUCAGACAGUUGUAAUUAAAAUGUGCAUCAGUGAGAACCAUUCAAUCUUUGGUUUGAAUUUGGUUAACUUUGGUAAAUAUUUUUUCCAAUGUGACACAUUAUGUCAAGGUAAACAAAAUAAACAGUUUACUCCAAAUGUUUUAAUUGCCAAUAACCCAUUUGAAGAAAUACAAAAAUAAACGUGUGUUAUGGGUUAUUAACACACAUGCACAUUUUAUAAAUCAACAUGAUUUCAGUGUUGCAUGCCACUCUAAAUGUUAGUUUCAGUGUUAUAGCUCAGGUGCGUCAAUAAUUGCUGGCUUUGCUUUUG